AUGGCGCGUCGCUUGGCGCUGCUCGUGUUGCUGGCGUGCGCGGUUGCUCCGCGCCGCCCGCCCCCCAAUGCUGACCGCUCGGAUUCCGAAUCCCUGGACCCUUUCGCCGAGUGGGACGAUUACGAGGACUCCUUGGAGACGACACCACCGCCGCGACGGUCUCCCACCAAACCAAGUGCCAAAGUGAUACUAAGGGGCCAAGUUCCAAAGGUUAACGUAACAAAGAAUAUCAAGGGUGAUGAUAAGAAUAAGGUGAUCAAAACGAGUAUUAAUAUAGAGAGCUAUACGAACUUUGUAAUGACGAUGCCGCCGCACGCUAUCGAGACGGCUAAGGUUACUAAAAGACCAAUGGGUGAUGCUCAAGUUGAUCACAGCGUCUGGUCGGACGGGAUGGUUCAGGUACUGACGCGGCCUGUGAGUACAAAAAAGCCACCUGGCUCGCGUCGGCCUUCGACCACACGGAGAGCUUCUAUGACGCGGAGACCUGCAAAAACUACACGCCGCCCAAGCACCUCCCGGCACACGACCACGCAAAAAUAUCGCCUUACUACCAAAGCAACGUUACCGCCCAAAUAUAAAAAGUCGGCAUGCCCCCCGAAGAGCACCGGUUGGCUGUCAACCUUUUUUCAACAGAAUCAACUGAAGAAAUCACCGAAGAAAGAGACUAAAACAGGUUGGUUCCUAGGUAUAUUUUCUAGAAUUUAUAAAUGGUUGUGGGGAUCUAGGUCGUCAUGGUUUGGUGGAACAUGGUUUGCAGAACCUCAACCUAAACAGUCAACCACUACUACAACGACUCCAGUUCCAUUAACUACGUCUACCAAUAAUUGGUUUCAGUUAUUAUUAGAUUCCGAAGAAAACGACGAAGUACCCAUUUCGACUCAACCUAUUAAAAAACCACCGAAAAAGUCUCUAAGGAAGAAUUACAAAGCGUACCAAUUGUUGAGGGCAUAUCCAGACGUGCAAUGGAAAGUGCAUGAAAUGUUGGAACUUCAAGAAGAGGGCCAAGGUUCUGGUCUUAUGUGGUGGACUUCACCUUCAUUAAACGGCUCCACAGAUCUUUUGGUGCCUCCUGAUCUUUUGGCAGACGUUAAGGACCAUUUAAAGUCCAAUAAAAUAGAAUACGAUGUGAUAAUUUAUGAUUUACAGAAAGCAAUUACAUACGAAAACCCAAAGCUUUCCAAAAAGCAAAGAAUUGAGCUCGAGCAACUACGCGGUCACCCGAUGACUUGGCGUAGAUAUCAUCGAUACGCUGACAUUCUUCGCUACUUAGAAUAUUUACAGCAUUCCAAUUCCGACAUUGUUGAAUUGGUCCCUUUAGGUAGAUCUUCCGAAGGCUUACCACUUGUUGCUGUAAAGAUUUCCCUGCCAUCGAAUGACACGCAAGCCAAGGAAUCAGGAGGAAUAGGUGCAAAGAAAUGGAAGCUGAAGUCUUUUAUGAAACCAGCGGUGUGGUUGGACGGUGGUUCUCAUGCGCGCGAAUGGAUAGCGCCGGCGGUAGCAACUUGGAUGUUACAUGCUUUGGUGGAAGGAGAAAAAGGCCUAGGUCCCGAUUACGAACUACUCAAGAUGGCAGACUUUUUCAUUUUACCAGUUUUAAAUCCGGAUGGUUAUGAGCACUCUCACACGCACGAUAGACUUUGGAUGAAGACGCGUUCCCGCUUUACGGACCAAUCAGAUGACUACUAUGUGGGCUGGUUUCCAUGGAAUUGGGGCAAUACCGAGUGUGUGGGCGUCGACGUUGACCGCAACUGGGACUAUCACUGGGGUGAAAUGGACUCCUCUCGUGACCCAUGCGCUGAUAACUAUGCAGGGCCAAAUCCAUUCAGCGAACCCGAGACUCGCGCAGUUUCCGAGUUUCUCGCUGAACAUAGAGGGCAAAUCAAGGUAUAUUUAUCUUUACACGCCUACUCCCAAACGUGGUUAACACCAAGUUCACAUGCGUCUUUUGGUGACGACGGAAUUAUGAUGGAAAUGGGUAAACUGGCUGUGGCUGCUCUCGCGGAUAUGUAUGGUACCAAAUACCAAGUUGGAACAGCUUCGGAAGUACGGCAGCCAGCAUCAGGGAUGUCGCACGACUGGGCAAAGGCCCGUGCUGGAAUCAAGUUCUCAUAUCACGUCGACCUCCGAGAUUCUUUCGGGCCUUACGGUUUUUUGCUGCCUGGAUCGCAAAUAGUAUCCACAGCUCGCGAAACAUGGCAAGCUGUUAAAGCAAUUGUAGAUAACUUGAGGCCCGGA